UACUUUAACCGUUGAGCAUCGAUGACUACACAAUCGAUUGCCGAGGCAUGUGCCUUGCACGUUUUUUGUAAACAAACGAAAGAGUAUUUGAACCAACUGAAAAUGGGAGCAUUGGCUGAGCUGGCUGGUGAUGAGAAGAACGGCGAAGGAUCGCGGACUUUUGUGUUCACCAACGAGGGCCACACGCUUGGAAAUGCACUAAAAACAAUCAUAGCCCGAUAUCCGGAGGUGGAUUUCUGUGGCUAUACCAUUCCGCAUCCCACAGAGCAGAAGCUGCACUUUCGCAUCCAAUCCCAUCGAGACAGAGCCAUAGAUAUACUUAAACGGGGACUGGAGGACCUGGAGGGUCUUUGUGAUCAUACAAUCGUUACCUUCGAAAAGGAGAUGGCUGACUUUAAUGCCGUGAAAGUGGAGAAUACAUGACGGAUUAUAUAUAUAUAAAGAAUACUACAAGCUA